AUUUCCGGUAUGUACACAUGUUUGGAACCGGGCUUUGGACGUUGUUUACUCGCUGACGACUAGAAAAUAUGGUUCGUUUCAAAAACAGAUAUAUUUUGUGUGAAUUGGUAUUUGAAGAUGAUUUUUUGGUACAUCCAACUGAAGAGAGAAAUUUGUAUUAUAAAAUAAAAGAAGCUAUAGCUAAAGCACAUGGCGAUUACGGGGUUGGUGUUUUACAAGGAGGACUUAGUGUGAAGUAUUUAAAUGUCUACACCAAUAUAGUGUUUAUAAGAGCCAGAAGAGCGUAUCAUAAACUGGUCUUGUCAGCACUGCCAUUUAUACGAAGUAUUGCAAAGUAUUCCUGUUUUCUCAAUACAUUACAUGUCGGAGGUUCUAUCAGGUCUUGUCAGAAGUUUCUUCAGAAGUAUGGCAGACAACAACUUGCAAUUCUACUUCGAAAGUGUAAAACGCAAGAAGAGAAACAGGAAGUACAGAAAUCAAUUCUGAACUGCAGCCUCAUAGAAAAAGACCAAGUUACAGUUGAAGAUGAUAUUGGUGACUGAACACAGUACAUUGAACCAGUCUGAAUGAACCAGAACAGUCAAUAUGUGUUGAAUCUGAAUCACUACCUCUUGAAAGUAGACCUAUUAUAAUUGUGUACAUUCAAAGCCCUAAACACAAGUUUUGUUGUUAUUCUGAUCAAAUAAGACUGAUGUCGUAAGCUAUUGCACUCCUAGAUGUCUGUGGUUAGUCUAUUUCACUGUAAUAGACAUUAUCAUGAAAUUUUACAAAAUGAAAAUUGCAUUUAUUAUUAUUA